AUGUCGUCGACCUUCGAUGGUGAUCCGCGUUCGCGGCCUAUGUCGCAGGCCCCGAGGUCUCCCCCGCCGGCCGCGUUCAAGACCUUUGGCCAGGUUUACCAGUACGCCGAGACGUUCCAGAACCCUUACCCCGAGGUCAUAUGCUCCGGAGGUGCCGACGCAACUACAACCGGUGGCAUCAAUGGCAACAAUAGGACUCCGGCCGACCCCGACACUCGAUCUUCGCUUCAUCCCGGCACGGCUGGCAGCAAGGAUCUAGUUAUGCAUGAGAGUGUGUGGGUUGAGCCUGCCGACCCGCCCUGGUAUAAGAGGUACUCCAAAUGGCAGUGGAUAAUCUUCAUUCUUUGUACCGCCGGCGUCACGGGUGUCGUGGUGGCCAUUUUGGGUGCUAUGAACAAGUUUUCAGGCGACAACAGGUCUGAUCUCACUAUGAAUCCCCCUCCUGACCCUCCGACACUAAGUAACAUGCCCACUAACCUUCCCAGCUCUCUAACUGACACGACCACCACUACGUCCAUGAGCAUAUCCACCACAUCGACGAUGACGGCCACAUCAACUACUACCAUGCAAGCUACACCCAACCGACUAACCCAUCCCCAGACCAAACCCACGCCACCCCCGACCACCAUCGACUGCGAGGACGAUAACACCUUCCUGCACCCCAUCAACUGGGUCGGCACCGACGUCGGCAGCUACGCCACCGAUUUCGCCCAAGCCGCCUCCGCCGCCGAGUGCUGCGCCGCCUGUCUCGCGCACGACGACGGCGGCUGCGCGGGCUGGCUCAAUCCGCCUGAGAUAUGCCCCCUAGGCCGGGCACCGACCGCGUUCUUUCAUAGGGGGAUGGGCAAAGGUGGACAUGAGGCGGUUGCUGGUUUGGGACCGUGUGCCGUUGAGGGGAAGGUGCAGUAG